GCGAGCCAUCAAAACACUAUAUUGAGAGAAGACACAGGCAAAACAAUAACUCGCGGUCUUUGUCGAUAGGGAGACAUGGGCUUUACGGCGACCAGCUACUCUUGUGCCAAGCCUGCCGUGCGACUGCUGACCCGCGCCAACCCCGCAGCUGCUUGCUGGAGCGAGUUUGUCACGGGCUAAGAUUCCCGAGAUCUAAAAUGCCCCCCAACAUCAUGUUCAGCCAGUUGACCUCAUACCCCCGAAAUGCAAAUAGAUCCAUUGUUUGGUGCGAUCCCUUUGGACUCAGGAUGGCUAAAACUGCACCUCCGGAACCGAGCCGACUCAGGCCAGCUGGGAAAGUCACCAUGCUUCUUGGACGUAUGACCCAACUCGCUAUGGACUGGCUGAAGAAAUGUUUGGAGCUCUGCCAGAAUUUCCCCACCAACCUGAUGAGGGCCGUAUUGAUGGGCAUUGCCAUGGCGGCGAUGCCCAUCUUGGAGAAGGUGACAAGACUCUUAGGAGAGGGGGAAGAACUGGGAAGAGAUGAAAGCAAACUGGAGGAGCAAAACUUGAAAGGUGGACAUCUAGACUAUCUGAUCCUGAAUCGUUUUGGAAGUUAUGCUCUAGAGGAUCUAGAAGACUUAGAGGAAGAUGGCUAUUUUCAAGAGUGCCCAAAGCACCUGUCACUUGGUUCCAGCGGUGCCGAAAUGGAUAGGAUGCAUCUGGAAGAGGAAGGUGUAUCUGAGCUGUGUUUGAGAAGUCCUUCCAUCAUUUUUGACUUUGGAAAUGAUUGGGAGGGUUCUUCAGAAGAGGAUGACGACAACGUGGGACUUGAGGACAUGGCGAGUCCUGGGGGUUUUCCCCAGAGAUGGCUGGAAGAUUGUUACCAUCCCCAAAUAGUUACAAAAGGUGGAUAUUUUGGAAAGGACCUGAAUGAUGACCACAGCCGCAAUGGAGAAUUAAAUGAAUUUGAAGACUGUCUUUGGCAGAGUUUGGAAAGUACCUUGGGUUCCCAAGGAUGCGAGGACAGCUUGGAGUCUAACGGGGAUUUGUUGGUGCACGAAGAGCAAAGCUUCAAAGGUUUACCUGAUGCCCCAGAGGAUGGGGAACAGCCAGAAAUGAACAGGAACCAGGGAGAUAAGGGAGCUCUCAACUCGGGACCCCCUGCGCUGUGCGGUUUCAAAAGCUCCCUUGUCCUGUCGUUGUUCUACAGUCCAUCGGAAGAUGAGGAGGAGGAGGAAGAGGACAAUUCAGAGGACUGGUGGAGCGAGGAUGAAAUGGAAGACAGUGGUCGGUCCAGAACGUCCUUAGAGAACAGUGAUUCAGAAAAUGGGGAUAAAGAUUUGGAAGCGGAGGACGACUGUCUGCACCCGGAUGGUCUGGAGAACCUCUGUGGAUCUUUCUCCAUGAACAAAGAUCCCUUCCAUCCUCUCUGCUUUUCCAAGCCCACUCAGGCCCCCAAGGCCCCUGCCCUUGCCCCCCCUAAGCCCAAGACCCACAAGGAGAUCGCCGUCUCUUUUUAUCUAACGAGGCCGAGUUCUAAGCCGGAACACGUGUGCAGUCCCCCAAACCAAGCAUGGCCUCAAAAGGACCCAAGAGCUACCCAUAGACUUCCAUCUCACAAACACUGUCAGCCGGAUUCUGGGGGAAAUGGCGACCCCGUCCCCGCAGAAACAUCAUCGGGUUCCCAGGAGGAAAACCUGGUGAUUAAGAAGGUCCGGUUCUCUCCUGUGGUUACCGUCCAUCCAUUGCUGGUUUGGGAUUAUGCCACCCGGGCAGCUCGUCGAGGCCCCUGGGAGGAAAUGGCCCGCGACCGCUGCCGUUUCCGCCGGAGGAUUGCUGAAGUGGGAGCCAUCUUGGAGCCUUGCUUAGACCCAGAGCACCGAGCCAAAGUGUGGAGGAAGACCCAUGGGUUCCCAGACUCCCUUCAAGAAGGUGGAAAAACCGACACGCCUUCCAGUUCCAGGUCUGCUCGCGCAUAGUAGUUGGGUCUCCCAAGCUGGGAAUGAAACGGCUACCCAUGAUGGCAGUCCCAUCCAAACAAUCCACAUCAAAAUAUAGGGAAAAAGACUCUGGGAUGUUGUUAGCCAAAUGUGUGAGAUCUUCAGGAGAUCAAAAUGCGUCUCGCACUGUGACAUGGUGAGCAUGUCUGAAGAGAGGGGGUUGGAAUGCUGUGUGUGUACAAACACAGAAUUUGUCUAUCCACCAGCCUUCCCCAAGCAGGUGGCCUCAAGAAGUGUUGAAAUACAACUCCUAUUGCCUCAGCUAGCAUGAUGGAGUUUGUAGUCCAGCACAGGACACCCCCUUGGGGAAAUUCUAAUCCACAGCCUAGCCCUGUAAAACUGUUUCCUCCAAGGCUACAGCGUAGCAAGAUUAAGCAGUAAACCAGGGAUUAGAUUCCAAAUUUUCUCUGGGAGAUGGAGUGGAGUCCACUGAGCUAGAGACCUAAGGGAAGGGGGGGGGGGGCUGCAGCUAGGAGCAAGUAGUUCCAGGCUCCGUUUUCUGAAUAAAUGCACUGAUACUAAGCUGGUACUACUACCUCAGUUGAUUUUUGGGGGAAGGAUUUUAAAACAAGAUCACAGCUGUAAUAAUAUAAAUAUGUGGGAGAGGUUUGUUUGUUUGUUUUAAAUAUGAUGCAUUCAUUGUUGCAAGUGCAUUUCAUAGGCCUUGCACAGUGUUGCAACAGCCUGGUGAAACAGGACGUUGGUAUUUCCAUUUUAUGGGCAGGUAAACAGAGGAAGUUGUUCAGGAUGCCGAGAGAAUCUGUAGCUAGGCAGAUCUUUUUAAGGCAGCUCUUAAUGGACCUGUACGCCAGGGGUCAGCAGAAAAUAGAUCACGAGAUGUUUUGGAUUUCAGCUCCCAGAAUUUCUGACCCGUUGCCAUACUGGCAGGGGCUUCUGGGAGUUGGAAGUCCAAAACAUCUGGAGAUCUACCUUCUGCCUACCCCUGUGGUGCACUGUACAGCUAUUGCUAAGGCCUAAUUCUAAAAAUGAUUCUGAGCUGGUUAAAACGUCCUUAUCUCUGUGGCAUUCCACAUGCCUGCCUUCAAAUUUAAACACUCAGGCCUUAGGCGUACAGUGUCAGUGUGCCAGGGAUCCAUGGCCCUGGUGGACACCCAAACGAAGCCUGUGUAUGCAACGACAACUCAAGUGCACAGAACCCCACAACCCAUGGUUUGGUUUUUUACAUGUCCUUUCUUUCUUAAACCAGGCUUUUUGUAGCUUGUAUAAAUCUCUCCAAGGCAAUUUUCCUCUUUAAAGUUAAAUGUAUUUAAUUAUUAAAACCCAGUUAUUUUUUGUGCGUGCUUAUUAACGAUGGUACUGUAUUGUAAUAAUUGUUGCUGUAAUUAUUUUUUAAAAACUUACCUUUCACU